AUGCGGAUGUUUCUUUUGCUGUGGCUAUUAGCCACUUCAUCCCUUGCCUUCCCUUCUGGGCAUCACAGCAGUCAUGUUCCGAAUCUCGGCAUCAAUAGCACCCCUGAGCCUGUUCCUGACCGGCAUACCGAAAGCUAUUACACCGAGACCACUGUACUCCCACCGUUGAAAAAGCGUUACGCAGUUACUCGAGCUAUAGCAGACGGCCACUUCACAAGGGAGGAACAAUCUUGGCUUUACAAAACGUCACUUACCGACGUCAGUACUGCUGGCCUUAAAGAUACCACAACCGCACUUAAGGAGCUUUUUGGCAAGAACCACGUCCCUUGGGUUAUAUCUGGUGGCUGGGCUCUGAUCCUUUACGGAGAAUCUCAGCGUACUACGCCUGACAUUGACAUUGUGGUUCAAACUACUAUGCCCGAGCUAAGAAAGCUCCUCGAGGCCGAUAAACGAUUCAUUAUCCCUGGAGCAGAUUGGUGGCCGGACAAUGCACAUCUGCAGGUUUAUUUUAAAAACCAAGAUCGAUACUAUGAUGUCGAUAUGAUUAUAGCUGGUCAGAAAAACUCGGUAAAAGACCUGGCUAGUAUUACCCACUUUACCUCCAUGAUAGACAAGGGUGCGGCGCUUUCAGUCCCUGUGAUACAGAUUAGCCCCCUUUUUAUAUCAAAGGUCUUUGGCUUAGCUUCGAACAAGCGGAAGAAGCACGACCAGGAUAUUAAGGACUUGAGUUACUUAGUAGAAACCCAUUAUGGCGAUCUACUUAACAUGCGAACAAGGUUGUCUUUACAAAAUCGACAGCUUGUGAUAAACUAUUUCACCCAGUACCAUUCACCAUUGCUUGCAAAGGUUAAGAAACUACUUAAUGUUUAG